GUCGAGCCGAUCACGGGCGUGCCUCCCUGGUCUGCGAGUUUGAUCUCCGUCUUUCUAUCCGUCGAGCCCUCCCCCCAACGUAUUAUCGGCCGCCGGCCUGAGCUCCCAACACGCCAUGGCUCAGCGAACACCCAAGGACAAGCCGACCAAGGCCGGGGAGGAUGUCGUUUCUCUCCGAGCCGUCGAAAUCCAACCACACAUGUCCGAGGAAGCGCCCGAUCGUGAUUCUGGCUCUCCCCAGUGCCGAACCACCAGCACCGGAGACUGGCCCUUCGCUCGGGUCGGCCACCAGAGCCAGCUCUUCACUCGGCCCAAGCGUAGCUCGAUUUCUGAAUUCAGAAGCCGUGCUGUCUUGGUUCUCCUCUGGGGCAACGGUGACUUUGAAGACAAAACGAGUCCGAGCAUUGACUUGUUUGAUUUUGAAACCAACUCCUGGAAAGCUAAAAAGCCCGGGCUGGAGCCCAAGGCCUUCGGCAAGGAUAUCAUCCACCCUGUACUGUCGUAUGCGUCUGCCAUCGUCGAGGAUCCCCCCAUCAGAGGGCACCAUCUGUAUGUAUUUGGCGGAUGCCAUCCGUGCAAUGCAGACGAUGACUUGUUUGUCAACCAGCUCUUCAGCUGCGAUCCAAUCCAAGGCACAGCCGCUAUCGUGGGACUCAAGAACCCCAAGCUUGAUAUCGCCAACAUCCCGACACCCCGCAUCUCCGCGACGCUCACGCAUGUUCCAGCCGCCAACCCGAGCAGAGAUGGUCCCGGCGUCCUCGUGCUGUUUGGCGGAUUCGGGGAGCUGCAUACGCCCCUGAACGACGUUUAUGUUUUUAAUCUAAGCCUCUCGGUUUGGAAGCGAGUCCAUCCCAAGGGCAGCGCCCCGAAAGGCCGCGAGGGCCAUUCGGCUGUUUGGGUUCCGUCACAGCGGCGUAUUUUGUUCUACGGUGGCUGCGACUCGAAGCGAAGACUGAACAGCCUGGUCUAUCUGGAUGUUGACAAUUGGACGUGGAUCCAUGUCUCCGUCGAUGGGCAUCCGCCUGGACAUUCGCUGCAUACUGCCUGUUUAUAUGGCAACAAGAUGAUCGUCUAUGGUGGACGAUCUGGCCGCGUCACGCCUGCCAACAACUCGAUUUGCUGCUCAAAGCUGUGGAUCUAUGAUAUCGAUCGAAACUCAUGGUCGUGGAUGCUGACAAGCCCCAAGAUUCCGGCUCGCGCAGGCCACUCGGCUUCAGUCCACGGAAACCAUCUGCUUGUCUUUGGCGGACUCACGGACGUACCCAAAAAGCAGCCUCCACGGAUCCUGAAUGACUUUUGGUCCAUCGAGCUGGAGCCAUCUCUCCUCCGGCCAGGUCCGAUCUUCCUGAAUAACAACGCUCUCGAAAUUGUACUGCAGAAGUAUCCAAAGCGACAAGUGGAGAUUCAGCAUGCGCCCCUGCCAUUUAUCUCGGUUCGAUGGUCCGACUACCACCAGCUUUCGCCGCAAGAUCACACCUAUCGCCUCCUGAUCCGCAAGGUCCUCGGCCAAAAAUCAAACCCGAGCUUACUGAUCUCAGAGUAUAACGCCAAGUUCACGGGUUCGCUGAGGGAACUCGGUCGACACCGAUGGAUGCUGGCAUACGAAGGAAGCGAGCAAAUGGCCAUCUUCAAUCAAGCCUACAUUCUUGGCGAUGAAAAGUACAAGAAACGCGAAGCUGCUCCGCUCGAAUACGGCACGCGGUAUGAGCUCUGCGUUGCCUUGGUGCAGCACAAUAAUCUAUCGCCACCCAAAUUGAUGAGCCAGUAUUUUUACUGCUGCACGGCCCUCAAAAUUCCAAUGUCGCCAAACAAGAUCACGGCCACGUUGGUGCCAGAGACCGAAAGCCAGCCCCCUCGGAUCGAUCUGGAUUGGAUACCGCCAAUGAACAUUGACCAGUUCAAGGGGUACACAUAUCGAGUGGAGGUCAUGGUGAUUGUCGAAUGCCCUGGACUCGUCAAGGACGAAAGCGUGGUCGCGAACACGCCAGACCUUCGACCCAUGAAGCGCCGUAAGGGCAAGUAUGUGCCUCUGGACGAUAUCACGUCGUGGAAUACCCCAUUGGGCCCCGGCCAACUGGACUAUGGCUGGCUAGCCGUAUCUCGGGUCAAGGUGCCAAACGCGCGCCUGGACCUGAGUCAUAUACUCAACACAAUCUCAAAAGCAUUCUCCAACGGAAGUGAGCACCCGAGGCCAGCAGACGGUCGCAAGAGUGGCCAUAAACUCGAUCCGGCUGCCCAUGAAUCGAUGCCACUCGAGUCGCAGACAUCCUUCGGCGCCCAAUCGCCUUCCAAGCACUUCGCGCCCGAGUCGUCAGAGGAAACUAUUCAGUCCAUGGCAGCAGAACCCAUCGUGCUAUCCCAGGAGACACCAAGCGAAUCGUCUUUUGUCACGGCCGAUACGAAUGGUCCAGCAAUCACAGACUUCCACCUGACCGGCCCUUGGUUUCCAAGCGAUGCCAAAACGCUUUGGUUCUUCAGCGUCGCUGUUGAAGUGCCUGGUCUUGAUAGUGUCGACGCUGAGGACAUGGCCAUGGAAAUGAUUACCAUCCUUCACAGUCCUCGACUUGGACGAGAGAUACUUGAUGACCCCAAGGAUCCUGUCUAUGGCACUGUAGCCACAGCCACGCCCAAGAGAAAGCGACCCGGAGAUUCUGACGCAAGCACCCGAUCGAAGAGCGACAGUGACGACGAUUAUGAGUAUGUCAACAGCGAUACCGGUAGCUCCUGGAGCUACAAAACCGCUAGCGUUGGCGACAGUGAAGUGAAUUUGAGCCAUGAUGUCGAGGAACUGCCCGACAGGCCCGCCAAGAGAGCCAGAACGCUCACCACCACAAUCCCGAUGAUCGAGCUUCCUGUGCCGUGGCACCAUUCUAGCAGCCUCGUCCUCGACUAUUCAUCUGCCUUCUCGUCUCCGAGCGCCCCCAAAACCAGUGUCAAACGCGAGCUUGAUGAUGAGUCCGAGUCCAGGCAGCUCACGCUUGCGGCAACCGCGGCGACACCUUCAAAGCGCCGAUCCACUCGCAGACAAUCGCACGACUGGGUCGAUCAUGAAGAUGUUGUUCAAGUGCCAGAGAUCUUUUAUCCGACCGAGCCAGCGCCGCAGGACCAAGCGCAUCCCAUCUUCCACCUUGAGUACGGCAAGAAAAUGCUGCUCUAUAGCGUCCAGGAGGAAGAGUACUUUCCCGUCCGAAUCUUGUUUUACCAGCGAACGGCGCACGGCUGGGGCGUGUUCGUCCACUACAUAGGAUGGAAUAGCUCGUGGGAUGAGCUCAUUCCGCUUAACAGCGUGACGGUCAAGCACUUUGUCGAGUACACCAACGAAGCUAUCGAAAAGUAUAAGGUGCGCGUCCGAGGUGAACUAUCCCAGCUCAUAUUCAAUCAAGCGCCGUACUACCAGCUGAAGCCGUCCGAGUAUACCAAGAGAGACCACCCAGGCAUAGUUGUUCGGCCGGCGAUCUGAUGCAGACCGAGCAAAGAACAUUCUCGGAUGUGGGUGUGCAUUCGGCCACAGGAAAAUGAAUAAACCGGGUUCAACAGGCUUGUUCUUGAUGGGGCCCUGAUUGCCC